AUGUUCAAAAUGGUGAGAAGUAGGAAGGUCCAAGCAACGAGCGAAGCGGACAUUCGUCGCGAUCAAACUUUUCAAAAUAGAUCUAGUAAUAAUGUGUCUCGCCUUCGUGUCCGUCGUGGGUCCAGUUUGACCGAUUUAGACAAGUUACGAUGCAGCGGCGGUUCGAGCGGAGGCGGUUCGAUAGGUGAUUUGAUGAACAUGUUCAGUGGUAGUGCGAAUUCUGUAGGCAGUGAUACUCUAGUUGCUAGAACGGUGCCUCUAGAAACUGUUCGUAGAAACAUGCCACCGCUACCGUCAAGUCCGCCAUCGCAUCCGCCGCCCUCUCCGCUUAUUCAUGUGUCCCGACCCGUAGGACCUUUAACCAUGGCGCAACGAACGUUAAGGUUUAGCAGGUUGUUGAAAUAUCAACCCUGCUCUGCUGAUAUUCCGAUUACCCUGGUGAGUCUUGAUAUUACUUUAUUCAUUUAA